AUGACCAAUAAGACUUAUGACUGUAAAUAUGUACAUGAAUACUACUACAAGUUGAGCAAUGAUCCAGAUAGACUAAUUGAAUGCUAUAAUCAUGAGUCAAGUUUCUUACACGGCAGCGUAUAUGAUGGUCAGUUGAAGACUGUGUUAGGACGAGAAAAUGUGCAGAGGCGUCUCGCCGAACUCGACUAUAAGGAUUGUGUGGUCACUAUACAGUCAUUAGGCAAACAGAAACUAAGCGGUGAACGGUUUAUGUUCUAUGUGUUUGGCAAUAUGAUUCGAAAGAACUCGUCUAAAAGUAGUUUUUCACAUUCACUGGUGUUAUGGUUGAGCUUUGACAACGAAUAUAUAAUUAUGAAUGAUGUGAUGAUAAGCUAUUACUUCACACAGCACGAUGAUAUAAUUGAACGGCUCAAUGACUACACUGAAAGUCGGUGGAAAAACGAACAAUGGUUACGUUGUGGCGAUGACGGUUUGUGCAACAUCCGAGAUGGUUGUUCUUGUAGUGAGGUAAAUAGAAAUAGUUAUAGUAUACGUUGUGGAGGACAUGGUGUGAAAUCACCAUCGGCUUUACGAAUAUUUGGAGACUCUUGUCCGCCAACCAGCCACCAACUAUAUGUGUCCAAUAUUCCAUCCGGCAUUAAGUAUAAUGAUCUAAAAAAGUUUUUUGAACAAUUUGGUCCUCUGUUUAGUUUACGAAUUAUGAAGAUUAAUAAGAAUUUUGGCUUUAUAACAUACGCUGACGAAAGAUCAGCUAAAGAAGUACUUAACAACAGGCCUAUAUCAUUUUCAGUUGAAGACGGUGUGUGGUUGACAGUCAAAGAAAAAAAGUCACGAUCGGACAACUAUAAGAAAUUGAAAAUUAACUUGCCCGAAAGCCAUCAGCUAUUUGUUGGCGAUAUUCCUGAUAGCGUAACGGUAGAAGACCUACGAUCAUUUUUUGGAAGAUUUGGCACUAUAGUAUGCGCUCGUAUAUUGCGUUAUUCAAAAGCAGAUGUUCCCCAAACGACUCAUGGGUUUGUUACAUUUCAAACUAGGGAGUCAGCCAAUCGAGUUCUCAAUAUGGCUCCCUUAUGGUAUCCCGAUGUUGGCGGUAUUUUAUUAUACAUUAUGGAAAAACGUAUUGUACCUAAAGUAACUAUCGGAUUUGAAAACAUUAAUAAAAGAUCUAGAAUACAACCCGGCGGUGAUCACAUUGAUCACGACAACGAAAUUAUUGAUGAAACUUUAAUAAUUAAUUAA